AUGUCUUAUAAAGAUAGCAUCUAACUAUUUAGAAAUGUUUCCCUAACAUUCCCCACCUUCAACCUAUUACACUUGAGAUUGAGUUUACCAUAUUUUGGAGAAUUCAUUCUUUAGCAUUAAUUGUUAAAAACCUUUGUCUACUUUGGAAUGGCAUCAGCCUCCUUCUGCUUGAUAAAAUUAAUGGCAAGUGGAGUUUAAUCUGUGGGAUUGUAUCUCAAAACAUUUUUUAAUGCGAAGAAGUAUACUAGUAGUUAGAUGGAGUUUAGCAUUGGCUCUAUGAAUCAAUCUAAAUACUAUGCAGUUAUCUAUGGGACAUCUAACAGGGCAGGAAGAUCUUUUGCAAAAUAUUUGGCAGGAAAGGGCUUUAAUUUGAUUUUGAUAGACAGAGAUAUUGAAGUGUUGAUGAACUUUGAGAAAGAGCUAAAAUCAGAAUUUGAGGAAAGAAAGAUUUAGAUAUGCUCAAUUGAAUUGAAUAAAUUUGAUGUUGACUAAUUAAGGGCAAAGUUACUUCCAUUGAAAGAUCUACCAGUUAAACUCUUUGUAAACUGUAAAAACACAAAGAAGAACGCUGUCAAACACCAAGAGAGAGAUAAUGAUCCAUUAGCAAUAAACUCAGGUAAUGUCAAUUAAUCUCUAAUGGAGGUUUAAACAGGCGAGGAGCUAAUCAGCAAGGAGGAAGUCUACUUCUCCACUAGAGAGAAUAUAGACGGCUAUUCAGCACUAGCAUCUGUAUUCUUAUAUUAAAUGAGAAGAGACUCGGUUAAUCCAGCAGUUAUCAAUGUAGACAGUGAUGAGAAAAUCAAUUUAAGCAAACUAAAGAGGGGUUAAUUAUUAUUCCUUUCGACUCUGCAAUACCAAGACACCUUUACCACUCUCUUAUCCCGAUAAUACAAAGAUGUUGCAACUAUUAACGUUAAAGUAAACUUUUAAUCUCUCAAGGAUAAUUUAACAAAGCAAAAAUAAAUGUGCGAUUAGACCUUUUAAUAUCUAGGGGUUUUAGACACCAUCAGUGUUUAAUGA